AUGAGGGGUUUUCAGCUUUUUCUUGUGGUGUGUCUUUGUUUUGUUCCCUCCUUUGGCCAGCUUCCUUCCCAGGAUAUAUUGACACUUCUAGAAUUCAAGAAAGGAAUUAAACACGACCCGACUGGUUACAUUCUUAAUUCAUGGAAUGACGAGUCAAUCGAUUUCAACGGGUGCCCUUCUUCUUGGAAUGGGAUUAUGUGUAACGGUGGUAAUGUUGCAGCUGUUGUUCUGGAUAACUUGGGAUUAUCCGCAGAUGAUGCAGAUUUGAGCGUGUUCUCGAAUCUCACCAUGCUCGUGAAGCUUUCGAUUGCGAAUAAUUCGAUCUCUGGCCAGCUGCCUCGCAAUCUCGGCGAAUUUAAGAGCCUCGAGUAUUUCGAUAUUUCCAAUAAUCUGUUUUAUUCGUCCUUGCCAGCUGAGAUUGGUAAAAUGCCUGGUUUGAAAAACCUCUCAUUGGCUGGAAAUAAUUUUUCGGGCUCGGUCCCGGAUGAAAUCUCUGGACUUGCUUCCAUUCGAUCUUUGGACAUGAGUGGAAAUUUACUUUCUGGCCCUUUACCGUUAUCGUUGACAAAGUUAGUGAACUUGGUUUAUCUUAAUCUGUCUCUAAACGGGUUUAAUAAAAGCGUGCCUAAAGGGUUUGAGCUGAUGACCCAACUCGAUGUGCUCGAUCUGCAUGGAAAUAUGCUAGACGGUAAACUCGAUCCGGAAUUUUUCCUACUUACUUCAGCAAGCCAUAUUGAUUUUAGUGCGAAUUUGUUAGUGAGUUCAUCUUCCGACAAGCGGCACUCAUUUCUGGUGGGUUUAUCUCCAUCUGUCAAGCAUUUGAAUCUCAGCCACAAUCGAUUAACGGGGUCUCUUGUGGGUGGUGGCGAGGCUCAGGAGUUUGGGAGCUUGAAAGUGUUGGAUUUGAGCUAUAAUCAACUGUCGGGGGAUUUGCCUGGGUUCAGUUUUGUUUAUGAUCUUCAGGUGUUGAGGCUCGGCAAUAACGGGUUUUCUGGCUCCGUACCAAACACCCUUUUGAAAGGAGAUUCGUUGAUGCUAACUGAGCUCGAUUUGAGUGGGAACAACUUGUCAGGGCCAAUUAGCAUAAUAACAUCCACAACACUACACACCCUUAAUCUCUCCUCCAACAUGCUUUCGGGUGAAGUCCCGCUAUUGACUGGAAGCUGUGCUGUGAUCGAUCUUUCAAAAAACCAAUUCGGAGGAAAUUUAACGAGGCUGCUAAAAUGGGAAAAUGUGGAGUUCCUCGAUUUAAGUCAAAACCAUUUGGCGGGCCCCAUUCCUGAAGCGACUUCGCAAUUCUUGCGUUUGAAUUACCUCAACCUCUCUCGUAAUUCACUGAAUGGCUCACUUCCCAAAGUCACAAUGCUUUUUCCGAAAAUAACGACAUUCGAUCUCAGCUUCAACCAGUUGGAUGGACCAAUUUCGAGUGCCCUUUUGACUUCAUCCACUCUAAACGAACUUCACUUACAGAACAAUGUGCUCUCUGGAAGCAUAGAUUUUUCACCUCUUUCCAAUGAUUCGAAUCUUCACGUCCUUGAUCUUUCGAACAAUCAGUUUAACGGCAAACUUCCCGAUGGGCUCGGGUCGUUUAUCGAACUUCGUGUGCUGAGUGUCAGUGGUAACAAAUUCUCCGGUUCUUUACCUACUUCCAUCGGUAACAUCACUACUUUAUAUUCGCUCGACAUUAGUCAAAACAAUUUCACCGGCCCACUGCCAGUUAAUUUGCCCGACACCCUCCAAAGCUUCAACGCGUCAUAUAAUGAUUUUUACGGUUUUGUCCCGGAAAAUUUAAGAAAAUUCCCACUUUCUUCUUUCUACCCUGGAAAUUCUCACCUGCAAUUUCCAAAUCCUCCUUCCGGUUCGAGCCGUGGCACGGCAAAUAAUUCAAGAAAGCACUUGAAGACUAUUAUAAAAGUGGCGAUAAUAAUACUUUCUUGUUUGGCUGCUUUGAUCAUUUUGAUCCUUCUCGCCGUUUUUUUCAUUCGUUACAAGAAGAUAUCCAGACAAAGGCAAAAGCCUUUACCGCAAACCGAAAAGAAUAUCACUCGACAGGCUUCUGCAAAUCCUUCUACUUUGGCCGGACGAGCCGAGGACAUCAUCAUAACAUCGAGAAAAGGAAAAUCGUCUGAGAUAAUCAGCCCGGAAGAGAAAAUGGCGGCAAUAACAGGGUAUUCCCCGUCCAAGAAGAGCCACUUCUCGUGGUCACCGGAAUCCGGUGACUCGUUUACAGUCGAGAGCCUGUCAAGGUCGGAUGUGAGGUCGCCGGAAUCCGGCGACCGGCUAGCCGGUGAACUGUACUUUCUGGAUGACACGGUUUCGUUCACGGCCGAGGAACUUUCCCGGGCUCCGGCAGAGGUGCUUGGGAGGAGCAGUCACGGGACUUCUUAUAAGGCGACUCUUGAAAACGGCAUUUUUUUGACCGUGAAGUGGUUGAGGGAAGGUGUUGCAAAGCAGAGAAAAGAGUUCGCUAAGGAAGCUAAGAAAUUCUCGAAUAUCAGACACCCGAAUGUGGUCGGGUUGAGAGGGUACUAUUGGGGGCCUACACAGCACGAGAAGCUGAUUCUUUCGGAUUACAUAUCUCCUGGAAGUCUUGCAAGUUUUCUCUAUGACCGGCCUGGAAGGAAAGGCCCGCCCUUGACUUGGGCCCAACGUCUCAAAAUCGCAGUCGACAUUGCACGUGGCCUCAACUAUCUCCAUUUCGACCGAGCCAUUCCUCAUGGCAACCUCAAGUCUACCAAUGUACUUCUCGAUGGGCCCGAUUUCAACGCCCGCGUGGCGGAUUAUUGCCUCCACAGACUCAUGACCCAAUUAGGGACCAUCGAGCAAAUUCUUGAUGCUGGGGUUCUUGGUUAUCGGGCUCCCGAGCUCGUCUCAUCCAAGAAGCCACAGCCCUCUUUCAAAUCUGAUGUGUAUGCAUUUGGCGUGAUUCUACUCGAGCUCCUCACUGGAAAAUGUGCUGGCGAUGUGGUUUCGGGCUCAGAAGGAGGAGUUGGGCUUACAGAUUGGGUCAGGUUGAGGGUGGCCGAGGGCCAUGGUUCGGACUGCUUUGAUGCUGCAUUGGCCCAUGAGAUGAGUGUGCCUUUGGUGGAUAAAGGGAUGAAGGAAGUGCUUGGGAUUGCGCUUCGAUGUGUUCGUUCGGUGUCUGAAAGGCCCGGGAUUAAGACGAUUUACGAGGAUCUUUCAUCGAUUUAG